ACGACGCUGCGCCUGAACGUACGACGGCUGAUCUGAACCGGAAUCGAGCGGCCAUAUCUUGAGCGCCUCGACUCGUGCAACAAACAAAUAAACAAAAACACAGUGUGCAACAAACAAAGCAGGCUAAUAAACUUCGGCGUGUGCCCACGAUAUUUAUCAUUAUCAGCGGUACUUAACCGUUGCCACUGCAACUUUUGAACCACAUAUUGAAUUGUCGUAGUACCGCGAUUUUGAAACUAGUUUGGAAAAGCCCUAUUUGGGAUUUUUGGCGCGUUGCGAUCGUCUCCAGUGCGUGGGUGAUAACUAUCUUUCAGAUACUCGUUAUUACUCAUAGAUACUUAUGGAUACUUUGAAUGAAGUGCUUGAUUGUGAUAAGAAUUAUAAAGUGGUACACAUAAGAAACAAAUGGGCCAAUAAGAAAGUGAUUCAAAAAUAAGAAUUCAAGAAAACCAACUCAACACUGAAGGAACAAACUACUUCGAUUUUGGCAGCUGCUUGAGAAUCCUAAAAUAUCGGAGUGGCCCAGGAUGCGAGCGGGUCAGUGACACGUGACAUGGCCGAGGGCUGCGAGGACUCCGCCGGUGCCGCUGAAUCCACGACGUCACAGUCACAGUACACAACGCUAGACAAGAUGCUCGGCACGGUGCUGCCAUGUGAGGCGGCCAUUGGGGCGACACCCGGCGGCAGCGGCAACAGCAGCGGCAGCAGCAGCAACAGCAGCAGCAACAUCGGCGGCAACACCAGCAACACGAGCAACAGCGGCAGCAACAUUGUGAAGCGCGAGUUCUGCGAUGGCAGUCUGAUGCCAGGCGCUGGGGCAAGUGUUAACAAUAACAAUGCCAAUGCCACCAACAACAAUAACAACAACAACAGCAGCAGCAACAACAACAACAACAAUAAUAUCAACAAUACCAAAAUGCAGGCAAUGAUAUGCAACAAGGGCAGCAGUGCGAACAACAGCAGCAGCUCCUCGUCCUCGUCGUCGUCCUGCUCCUCAUCCUCCUCCUCCUCGAGCUCGGCGACCAGCACAUUGACCAGCUGCACCACGGCCGCCGUGGUGCCCUCCAACUGCUCCACGAGUGCCAACAAGUCGCCGGUGUCGCCCUUCUCCCAGAGCCUCGGCAUGGCCAUCGGCAUCGGAGCGGGGGCGGGCAGCAGUCCGCUCCGGGAGGCCAGUCCGCUGCCCAGCAGCCGCUCGCCGCUGAACGCCAUCGCCACCGCCACCACCGCCGCCAAGUCGCCGUGCAGCGGAGCGGCGCCCGCUUCACCGCCGUCGGCCUCCUCCAACAGCUCCUCCCACGUCCUGGCGCUCAACAUUAAGACCGAGUCGGACUUUGACAAGGAGAUCAGCUGCCACAAGAUUCACUCGCCCAGCAGCAGCAGCCACGCCCACUCCCUGCACCACCACCAGCACCACCACCACCAUCCGCACCACAGCAGUCGGAGCAACAACAACGACGAUGAAAUGGAGAUCACGGACGGUCACGCCCUUCUCUCGCCCCCGCCCCCCUCGCACCUGCACUCGCACUCCCACUCGCCGUUCGACAGCAAGGAUCACGUCAAGGAGCUGGAGUUCUACAAGAACCUGGCGGCCAAGGCCGCCUCCCUGGCCAACCAGCACUCCUCGCCGCCCCUGCCCCUCCCACUGCCCCUCCCGCUGCCCAUGCAGAUCGACGGCGAGGAGGAGGAUAACGAGGGAGAGGUGGAGGGGGAGGGCGAGGCGGAGGAUCAGGCGAACGAGGUCCUGCGGCUGCGACGGGAGGAGCAGGCUCAGGCCAAGGCGUUCGCGGCCCAUCUGAACGGAACUAUGCAAGACAUGAUAAAUUUGCAAAAAUUACAAAAUUUGGCCACGCUACAACAGCAGCAGCAGCAGCAACAUCCGCAUCCGCAUUCGCAUCCGCAUCAUGGGCACCAGCACCACCACCAUCAUCCUGCGACGGCCGCUGCACUGGCAAGUCUUCAAGGAUUAGCCGCCUCCGUGUUCAAUUCGCCGUUGAAUUUGAGCGUGGGCGGUGAGCCAGCCGCAACCACAGCGGCAGCAGCAGCAGCAGCAGCGGCAGCGGCGGCAGCCACCCCCUCCUCCCCCUCGCACAAUGGUGGCAAGAGCAAGACGGCCAAGGGCGGCAGUUCCGGCAACAACUCCGGCGGAUCCGCCUCCAACUCCGGCUCGAGCUCCGCCCAACAGCAGCAGCAGCAGCAGCCGGAUAAUCCCAGCAGCAGCAGCUCCCCGCACCACCCCCUCAGCGCCUCCUCGCUGGCCAAUGUCCUUGCCGCGGCCACCGCCUCGCCCCCGCCCACCCUGCAGGCUCCGCCGGCGAGCGCCCAGAUGCCGCAGCUGAUUCUCGCCUCCGGACAACUGGUGCAGGGGGUGCAGGGCGCCCAGCUGCUCAUCCCCACGGCCCAAGGCAUUGCCGUUCAGACCAUCCUGACCAUUCCUGUAAGUCCGCAGAUUCCCACCUCGGAGCAGUUUCUCCCCAACGCUUUCGGCGCCUUUGCGAGUUACCAGCAGCAACAACAACAACAACAGCAGCAUCGUGAGCAGCAACGGGACCUGUUGCCGCCUUCUCUGGCCGCUCUUCAACAUGCGACCGCCCUGCCCCAAUUGGCCCAAACACCCACGAAUUUACUGAAACCCAAUCUCUUCUCCACCGGAGUGCAACAGCUGCUAACGGCUCUGCAUCCGGAGCUCUUUGCCGCCGCAGCAGCAACACACCAGCAGCAACAGCAGCAGCAACAGCAACAGCAGCAGCAAGUGCAGCAACACCAGCGAGAAAGGGAGAGAGAAAGAGAAAGGGAGAGGGAGAGGGAGCGAGAGAGGGAGCAACACCUGGGCAUCGGACACCUGCCGCACUCCCACUUGGCGGCCGAUCUGCGACGCUCGGCAGAGAGAUCUCCAACGGCGGGAUCGCCGACGGGCGAUCCCGGACUUCCAGCCAAGGGACCACCACCCCCGCCACCCGGAGCCGCCUUCCUGCUGCAGCAGCAGCUGCACAUCAAGCCGGAGACGCAGACGCACCUGCACCACCACCUGCAGCCGCAAUCCGCAUCGGCGGUGUCCUCCUCGCUGCCGCAGAUCAGCUUGCGGCAUCCGGACGAGCUGACCGCUCCGCAGAUGGAGCUCAAGCCGCUGGAGCUGAGUGCCAGCAACUCGCCGCCGGCGCCACCGCCACGCCACCACUUCGGGCACAGCCUGCGCGGAUCCUCGACGGUCUCGCCCAAGCACAGUCCGCAGGGCAGGAUGGGCGGCAGCUCCGGUCCGCCGGCCACCGGAAUGAAUCUCAGCCAGCACCACGAGCGGCUGGAGCGGUUGGAGCGGCAGGAGCGGCACGAGAGGCGCUCGCACACGCCCACGGCGACGGCCACCAGAGCGAGCGUUUCAUCCAGUUCGGGAGGAGGUCACCUGGCCACCGGGAGACUUUCCCCUCCCAGUUCCGCCCCCUCGAGCUCGGCGGCCAACAGCAUCAGCGACAGAGGCUACACUUCCCCGCUGUUCCGCACCCACUCGCCCCAAGGACACGCCCUCUCCUUGGGGGGUUCGCCGCGUCUGGAGCGGGAUUACCUGGGCAACGGCCCGAGUUCCGGAGCGGCCACCUCCACGAGCAGUUGCGGAGCGCCGGCGGCAGCGGGAUCCAGUGCCACAGCCAACGUACUUAGCAGCAUCAACAGACUCAAUGCAUCCAACGGCGAGCUGACCAUCACGAAAUCCUUGGGAGCUCCUACGGCCACAGCCACGAGGGCCUCGUCCGCCUCGCCACGGGAGGACUCCCCGGGUCCGGGUCCCUCCACCUCGAGUGUCUCCCACAUGCAGCCCCUCAAGCUGAGUCCUUCUUCGCGGAGCGAGCCUCCUCACAUGUCGCCCAAUGGGAACGACAACGACAACGACCUGCUCAUGGAUUCUCCGAAUGAACCCACCAUCAACCAGGCCACCACCAAUGUGGUGGACGGCAUCGACCUGGACGAGAUUAAGGAGUUCGCCAAGGCGUUCAAGUUGAGGCGUCUCUCCCUGGGACUCACCCAAACCCAGGUGGGCCAGGCCUUGUCGGUGACCGAAGGACCCGCCUACAGCCAGAGCGCCAUUUGCAGCAGUGCACUCGCUGCGCAGAUGUACGCCGCUCAACUAUCGACGCAGCAGCAGAACAUGUUCGAGAAGCUGGACAUCACACCAAAGAGCGCACAGAAGAUCAAGCCUGUGCUGGAGCGCUGGAUGAAGGAGGCCGAAGAGAGCCACUGGAACCGCUACAAGUCGGGACAGAACCAUCUUACCGACUACAUUGGAGUGGAGCCCUCGAAGAAGAGGAAGCGCCGCACAUCCUUCACACCGCAGGCUCUGGAGCUGCUGAACGCGCACUUCGAGCGGAACACGCAUCCUUCGGGCACAGAAAUCACAGGACUGGCCCACCAGCUGGGAUACGAGCGCGAAGUGAUCAGGAUCUGGUUCUGCAACAAGCGGCAGGCGCUCAAGAACACCGUUCGCAUGAUGUCCAAGGGAAUGGUCUAGGGUCAGGGACCCGUGUAAAUAGCUGGCCCGUGUAUAUAGCUAGGUGUCUAAGUGUGAGUGUGCUGGUCGAAUAUGUCUGUGUGUGUGUGCGAGAGUGUAUUACAGUGUGAUAGUUGUACAACACCCUAGAGUUUAGCAGUUAGGCCAUGUGAAGUAAUACUGUGUGUCAUAGCAUUUACAAAGGACAUCGGCUUACGCAAGCGAACCACAACCCGAAACCCAAGAACCCAAUCCAAUUGAAUAUCUAGCCAUUUAAGUAACUACUUAACACUUAUCAUAUCCCAAAUAGCCUAAAAGUAGUCUAAAGUCCCCAAGGCAGACUUGUGCAGUUUUAGGCCAAAUUUUAUCACAUUGAUGUGCCAUUCCAAAAAGAAAACGAAAACGAAAACAAAAACGAAUCCAGUUCAUACCACGUAUCAAAUUACAUACUAAAUGUUUAAAACCAUUUAAACCAAAACUGCAUUAAAUCUAUAUACGAGUCUAAGUUCUGUAGAGCUGGUAAGCGUCGAGUAAAAUAUUUGCAUUUAAUGCGUUGGCUAAACUUGUAUACUGAAUUCAACAAUUUAUAAAACAAAUUAUAACCCUAGCAGUUAGCCAGUUCAGACUCGAAAACUAAGAAAAUUCUAUACGGUAGCACUCAAAAUGAACAAAAACCAGCUAUAAAGACAGCAAGUGUUUAGGAUAAGCAACAUUAUGUAGCAAUUUAACAAAUUAUGAUUGAAAAGAAACGAAAAAAUAUUUAAACUACGAAAUUUAAAUGGUACAUAGCAAGAAAACAGCUACAACUGAACAAAUAUUUAAAUGAUUGUAAUAAAAAACUAUUUAAAAAA